AUGGGGAGGCGGUCACCACCCUUGAGACGAUGGUCUGCUGGUCUCCCUCUGGCAGCGGGGUGUCUGGGGUAUGGCAAGUAUGGCACGGGCCCUCUGGCAGCGGGGUGUCUAGGGUAUGGCAAGUAUGGCAUAGGCCCUCUGGCAGCGGGGUGUCUGGGGUAUGGCAAGUAUGGCAUAGGCCCUCUGGCAGCAGGGUGUCUAGGGUAUGGCAAGUAUGGCAUAGGCCCUCUGGCAGCGGGGUGUCUGGGGUAUGGCAAGUAUGGCAUAGGCCCUCUGGCAGCAGGGUGUCUAGGGUAUGGCAAGUAUGGCAUAGGCCCUCUGGCACCAGGGUGUCUAGGGUAUGGCACGGGCCCUCUGGCAGCGGGGUGUCUGGGGUAUGGCAUAGGUCCUCUGGCAGCGGGGUGUCUAGGGUAUGGCAAGUAUGGCACGGGCCCUCUGGCAGCGGGGUAUCUAGGGUAUGGCAAGUAUGGCACGGGCCCUCUGGCAGCGGGGUGUCUAGGGUAUGGCACGUAUGGCAUAGGCCCACUGGCAGCGGGGUGUCUAGGGUAUGGCAAGUAUGGCAUAGGCCCUCUGGCAGCAGGGUGUCUAGGGUAUGGCACGGGCCCUCUGGCAGCGGGGUGUCUAGGGUAUGGCAAGUAUGGCACGGGCCCUCUGGCAGCGGGGUGUCUAGGGUAUGGCAAGUAUGGCAUAGGCCCUCUGGCAGCGGGGUGUCUGGGGUAUGGCAAGUAUGGCAUAGGCCCUCUGGCAGCGGGGUGUCUAGGGUAUGGCAAGUAUGGCACGGGCCCUCUGGCAGCGGGGUGUCUAGGGUAUGGCAAGUAUGGCAUAGGCCCUCUGGCAGCAGGGUGUCUAGGGUAUGGCACGGGCCCUCUGGCAGCGGGGUGUGUAGGGUAUGGCAAGUAUGGCACGGGCCCUCUGGCAGCGGGGUGUCUAGGGUAUGGCAAGUAUGGCAUAGGCCCUCUGGCAGCGGGGUGUCUGGGGUAUGGCAAGUAUGGCAUAGGCCCUCUGGCAGCGGGGUGUCUAGGGUAUGGCACUGGCCCUCUGGCAGCGGGGUGUCUGGGGUAUGGCAAGUAUGGCACGGGCCCUCUGGCAGCCGGGUGUCUAGGGUAUGGCAGGGGCCCUCUUCCAGCGGGGUGUUUAGGGUAUGGCAAGUAUGGCACGGGCCCUUUGGCAGCGGGGUGUCUAGGGUAUGGCAAGUAUGACACGGGCCCUCUGGCAGCGGGGUGUCUAGGGUAUGGCAAGUAUGGCACGGGCCCUCUGGCAGCGGGGUGUCUAGGGUAUGGCACGGGCCCUCUGGCAGCGGGGUGUCUAGGGUAUGGCAAGUAUGGCAUAGGCCCUCUGGCAGCCGGGUGUCUAGGGUAUGGCAAGUAUGGCACGGGCCCUCUGGCAGCCGGGUGUCUAGGGUAUGGCAAGUAA